CACCUGGGGCCCGGAGUCACAUGCCAGGAAACUCAACACUCUUGGUGCCCGGCCCCCAACUUCCAGCAGCUACGAGCAAACAGGGCUUCUAGAGGAGGAAUCGGUUCUCCAGAGCCAGACAGGAGGGAGACUACUUCCGGGGAGAGAGCACAAAGGAGAAGACUCUCCCACCAACAGGGAUCCUAUUGCACUCCAGGACUAUGCCAAUCUUCGGCCAUGCUCCCACCAGCUGGUCACCUCCUGUCUCUCCUGCUGGUGCUAGGCACAGGUGGCACAGUGUCCAACCCCUGGGUACCUCCUCAGGGCUGCUACGUGGCAGAAGAAGCUGGUGAGAGAACAUUCCGCUGCAGCCAGGCAGGCCUGAGUGCUGUGCCCACCGGCAUCCCCAACGACACCCGCAAGCUCUACCUGGAUGCCAACCGGCUGGCAUCAGUGCCAGCUGGAGCCUUCCAGCACCUGCCUGUCCUGGAGGAGCUGGAUCUGUCCCACAAUGUCCUUGCCCACCUCUCAGGGGCUGCUUUCCAGGGCCUGGCAGGCACACUGCGCCACCUCGACCUCUCUGCCAACCAGCUGGCCUCAGUGCCUGUGGAGGCCUUUGUGGACCUGCAGAUCCAAGUGAAUCUAUCUGCCAACCCAUGGCGCUGUGACUGUGCCCUCCAGGAGGUGCUCAGGCAGGUGAGGCUGGCCCCGGACACUGGAACAGGCAUCGUGUGUGGCCCAGGAGCCCGGCCAGACCUCGUGGGGCAGGAGUUCCUGCCAGUGGCGGGGGAGGAAGAGCUGUGUAGGACGGGGCGGGGCGGGGCCCAGCGGAGCACUGAUGUGGCCCUGCUGGUCACCAUGGGGGGCUGGCUGGUGCUCGUGGUGGCUUAUUUGGCCCAUUACGUGUGGCAGAACCGGGAUGAGACCCGUCGGCCCCUCAAGCGGGCCCCCGUGCUGCCCGUGCAGUCUGAGGACUCCUCUACCCUCAGCACAGUGGUCUGAGGACCAGGGCCGCUCCUCCAGCCCCAUGCCCCACACUCCUACCACUGUGCCCUCUCUUUUCCUCUAACCCUUUGCUUCCUCUGCAGCCCCAUCCCAUCCCCCAAACUCCUCCUCCCUUCCUCGUCUGUCUCCCCUAAACAUCUAAUCUCUCUGCCUCUUAACAAACACCACCUGGAGUUUUUGGUGCCUACUAAGCCUGAGCUGUGCUAGACUCAGAGACCCUAAGCUCCCAAGUCCACAGUGGGUGGGGUGCAACAGAACAGAGAAUGAUUGUAGGUAGUACGUGUGCCAACUCUGAGGUGGGUGCAGGCGGCCGUGGGAACAUGGAGAAGGAAGCCUCUGCCUAGCUGAGGUGAUCUCAGAGCUUUACUGUGUGCAUGUCUGAACUGACAUUUAAAGAAUGAGAAGGGAUUUGGGCAGAAGAGGGAGGACCCUAGUGAAAAAGCGGUAGACAAAGGCAAAGAUACAAAAACUUGGAAAGUAUGGGCACCAAUAAGCCUAGCUGGGGGCUGGAAUAGAGGGUGCAAAGAGGGGCGAAGGGAUGGUGGGCCAAGCCGGAGGAGAAGUCAGAAACUGGGGUGCAGACAGAUUGAGGAGGACAGUGUGGGCUCCUGCUGUCUUCUACGGAGAGGCCCCUCCUUACUUCCUGCCUUUCUCUUGGCCCCAGGUUCCUCUCCC